AUGGUCAAACUACAAGUCAUCACUUCUGCUCUGAGCCUGGCCUCAUUGGCAUUUGCAGCAGCACUGCCUGCUCCUCAUGUCCCUACUUGCAAGAAGCCUGCCAAGCGGCUUGAAUGGAGACAAAUGUCCACUAGCCAAAAACGCAGCUACAUCUCCGCGGUCCUCUGCCUCCAAAAGAUCCCCUCAGUCUCCGGGUUCCCAUAUGCUAAGAACCGCUACGACGACUUCCAAGCCAUUCACCACGACCAGGGCGACUACAUCCACUGGGUCGGUUUCUUCCUCCCCUGGCACCGCUACUUCGUCUGGGCCUACGAGCAAACCCUCCGUAACGAAUGCGGCUACAAAGGCGCCCAGCCCUACUGGGACUACACCCUCGACGCCGAUCCGCAAGAUCUAAACUCCACUCGCAUCUACGACACCGAUGUUUUCUCCCCAACCGUCGGCUUCGGCGGUAACGGCCCUAGAGUCGUGCCUACGCCCGAGGAAAACCGACUAGGUAUCAACAGCACCGGUGGCGGCUGCAUUCAAGACGGCCCCUUUGUCCCCAAGAACUUCAUGCUGAACUUCCCGGGCCCCGAACCACAGUGUCUCCGUCGCGACUUCAGUCCCAACCUGCUCAACCGCGGUGCAGACCCAAAGGUCGCCGAGAAUAUCGUUAGCAAAGAAACUUACGUCGCAUUCGACCGCGCGCUGCAGGGCGCAAAGAACUUCAUCAACCCCAACAUCCACGCUGCAGGCCACUUUGGUGUCGGCGGCGUGUUUGGACAGGCCGGUGACGUGAAGAAUUCGCCUGGUGAGCCGUUGUUUUGGCUGCACCACGCGUCGAUUGAUCGGCUUUGGUGGCUCUGGCAGCAGGGCGAUCUUGCGACGAGGAAUUUCGAGGUCGGUGGCAAUUUGGUGCCUGAAGUUUAUGGGAACGAUACAGAGAUUACGCCCGAGUUUGAGAUUCAGCUAGGGGCUGUUGCGGGGACGGUCAAGUUGGCUAAGUUACUGAAUACCAAGGGAGAGCUGUUUUGCUAUAGUUAUUAG